AUGAAUGAUCCGUUUAGAGACCAUGAUCGCAACACCUGGUCGCUGCGGCUCGAAAUAGAGGAUCGUAUUCUCUCAAGACUCCAUGGCUUCUACUUCGCCGCCGGUGACACCAUUCUGGGGAGCAAGCACGAGGACAAGGCCCUUAUACAAGAAUUGUGUCCUGAAAAUGCAGGAAAUAACAUCACUUUGGAUGUAACCAACUUCAUCCUUAGAACCCUUGUAGCAUGUAGCCGGAAGUGGCAUAUGUUGCAUGACUUUGGCCCAUUGCGUUUCUGGAACGACGUGACCACGCUGGGUAGAAGGAACUCAAACAUCCAUAUUCGGCCCAUGAACACUAGGAACCUUAUUACGGCUUUAAUUAAAGCACGUCAAAGAUAUGUCCUACGACAGAGCGCCAUAUAUCCCGACUUCGUUAUGGAAACCGACCUGAAGCCCGGCAGCGACACGGCUGCACAGGCCAUUCUCGAACGCGUUUUGGAUUUAGAAGACCCGAUCACAUUCUCUGGGGACAUUUUCAGGAGUCCACUGUGUAGCGACUCAGAGAAGCGAGACUUGCUCAAGCAUGCUAUAAAUUACGGCCCGGUGAAGCAGAUCUCUGGCAAGAAAUAUCAGCUUGCCCAGGGCGCUCCCCAGAAUCUACACCCUAUAUCGGAUCUAGCCCGAAAGCCAGCAAUUUUGAAUUCGAGAGGCGCCAAAGUCAGUCCCUGCCAAACGAAUAUCGACGCCAACACGAAGUCAUGA